GACUGCUUGGCUCAACAUGUAGAAAGACAGACACAGAGACACAUAUGGCACAGAGGGUAUGUAGAGAGCUCGUCCUACACUAAUGCUAGUAUGUAUCAGAAAGCCUUGCAAUAAUCGAAGUCAAACUGAAGACAGAACAUAGUUUUCUUUGGAUGAAAGUAGGCUUUUUCAUUCAACAGGGAUCUGUUGUACAACAUGGUAACAGUGACAAUGUCAACCGGGGACCAGUGUAACUUCAAUGUCAGUGAGAAAUGUAAAGGGCUGGGGAUUUUGGAGGGUUUUGAACCAGCCCUAGCGCUGUACUUUCAAUGGACUCUCACAGGGCAUAAGCACCAAGAUGUGCUGUCAAAGAUAGAGGUGAUGGCUUCAAGUUGCAGCUGGUGAGGAGCAACUGCAGAAAAUGAGUGGGUACGGUGGUGCCCCUAGCCCCCGGCUGGUCUGUGGGAUGACUGUAUGAGCGUGUUGUGGCGGCGGGGAACGGAGCAGCUGAGUGAUGAGAAUGGGUAGGAGGCUAGCUGUCUCCGCUGGUGUCUCCACUGCAGUCCUCUACGGCUCCCUGGCCCUGUUUGGCUCCAUCUUGCACAACGUCUUCCUGCUCUACUACGUGGAGACCUUUGUCUCCGUUUACAAGAUCGACAAGCUCUCCUUCUGGGUGGGAGAGGCAGUGUUCCUGAUAUGGAACAGCUUGAACGACCCUCUCUUUGGCUGGCUGAGUGACCGCUCCUUCCUCAGCUCGUCACAGUUUGGCUCCCAGAUCUCCAGCCCAGAGGUUGUACUAAAGCGGUUGGCGGCCCUCUCCCGGAAUGGCCCUCUGUUCGCCCUCUCUUUCCUGGCCUUCUGGGUGUCGUGGGCGCGGCCGGGCAUCCAGUUCCUGGUGUGUCUGUGCCUGUACGACGGCUUCCUCACCGUGGUGGACCUCAACCACAACGCCCUGCUGGCCGACCUGGCCGUGUCGGCCGACGACCGCACACGCCUCAACUUCCACUGCUCGCUGUUCAGCGCCCUGGGCUCGCUCUCCGUCUUCCUGUCCUACAGCGUCUGGGACAAGGGCGACUUCUACUCGUUCCGGCUCUUCUGCGUGACGCUGGCCGCCGUCUCGGCACUGGGCUUCGCCGCCGUGUCGCGCCUGUUGAAGAGCCGCUUUGAGAAAGAGGCACGUCUGAGGCAGGACGAGGCGCUGGCGCUCAAAGAGUUGAGUAUUGGCCAGAGCCCUCUGACCCAGCAGGAGAAGCCAGUCACUCUAGGAGAGUAUCUAAGGCAGCUCUCCAAGCACAGAAACUUUAUGUGGUUCGCCUCUAUGAACCUGGUCCAGGUGUUUCACUGCCACUUCAACAGCAACUUCUUCCCUCUGUUUCUGGAGCACCUCCUCUCUGACAGCAUCUCUGCCUCCACUGGCUCCAUUCUGCUGGGGAUCUCUUACAUAGCGCCCCACCUGAACAACCUGUAUUUCCUGACCCUGUGUCAGCGCUACGGGGUCUACACGGUCAUCCGCUGGCUGUUCCUGGUCAAGUUAGCCCUCAGUGUGGCCAUGCUGCUGGCCGGGGCCGACCAGGUCUCCCUGCUGUGCAUCUUCAUCGCCAGUAACCGAGUGUUUACGGAGGGCACCUGCAAGCUGUUGAACCUGGUCAUCACGGACCUGGUGGACGAGGACUUUGUGGUGAACCGGCGCCAGCAGGCGGCAUCAGCGCUGCUCUUCGGCAUGGUGGCCCUGGUAACCAAGCCAGGCCAGACCUUCGCCCCUCUCAUCGGCACCUGGCUGCUGUGUGUCUACACAGGCUACGAUAUCUUUGAGAGAAACGCCGUACAGGACUCUGCGGCAGCGCCCCCCGUCUCGGGCCAAGCGGUCUCCACUGUUCCAUUGCGCCAGGGCUGUUUCUACCUGCUGGUGUUUGUGCCCAUCUCCUGCGCCCUGCUGCAGCUAAUGGCCUGGUCCCGCUUCACCCUCCACGGCCGCAGACUGCAGGGCGUCAAGGCCCAGAGGCAGGGAGCCCAGCACAGCCACCUCAUGGACGUCAAGGCCAUCUGAUAUGAGGCCAGCUCGUCCGCACCUUCACUCAACUGCAUGAUCCUAUACCACAGUCUGCCAUUGGGGUCAGCAGCGAGGAACAUAGACUGGAGAACUGAUGACUGAUGAAAUCCCACUGUCUAGUCAGGGACAAAAAUAUUUUUGGGGUGUGAAACUUGCCUUAUUUUGAUAUUAAGAGGACAAAGACUAUAUUUAUGUAUGAACUGAUGACCAAAUGAUACAGCAGAGUCAAUCAAAGAAUAAGAAGCUCAUGCCCCUCUCUGGGGUAGGGAAAAGGUGAAGCCUCCCAUUUAUCCAGCGAGUAGACGAUCAUCCUAGGUUGAGGCGCAGCUUGGAAUGCAUUUCCAUCCCCAAAGGAACACAAAUUGUCACCAACCUUGCUAUUACAGUGUGGUUAACCAAAGCGAGAGGCUGCAUAGCUAGGUAAUUACUCAUCUUUCUGAUGUGUGUAGAGAAAUAUUAAGUACUAAAAACGUGUGUGCACAUGAGCAUAACAUCUAGACGUUGCUCUUAAAAUUGCAAUAAGGUUUGUGACCAUCACCAUGCUAUUGUGUCUUCAUUAAGUACUUCUAGUACUAAUCUGCAUUUUCAAAAGUGAAAAAUAUUUUUACAUUUUAUUUUACUUUGACUAGAGACUACUUCUACUAAAAUAACUGCCAACUCCAAAAUGUUUUCUCGCGCAUUAUGUUUUAACCUGAUAUGUGAAAGCAUUUCAGUGGCUAUAACAAAACAAGGCCCUUCACAUCCUCUGUUUACAUUUGUACCCCAGGUCAGGAAAUAAAUGCAUUUUUAUAGACCAUGAAGAGGAUUGAGAAACAGAUUUGACUGAACAUGAAACUGUUGUGCCAUGAUGACCCGAUAUAUGAUAAUCAUGGAGAAGAAUACAUUCCAUACUUUUUCAAAGUUAGUUUUAAUACUGCUGCUACAUGCUGUUCUACAUGAAUUGUCUUGAGUGUUAAGGAGUCUGAGAUUCCAUCAUAUCAAUUGAUUUAUCUAAACAAAACUAUUCUUGUAAUUUGUCAAAUAUUGAAGACACCUUCAUGGAAGUGUUUUAGAGUGACUCAGGAAUUGCCGUUUCAGCACAAUAUGAUUUGAGUUCAUUGGCCAGAAGGAAAGCAUAGGUUAUAUCUUACAAGACAGCCUUACAGCAGAGAUGCCUGUAUUUGCCAGUUUUGUUACAAAAUACUGUACAAUGUUUGUCUGGUUGUACCACUGCUCAGUGUAGCAUCUGCCAUUUUCCGACCAUCUUUGUGACUUAUUAAAGUGAUCCCACUACUUGA